CGUCGUCGUCGGAACCUCAGUGCGAGUUGGCCAGUGGUUGCGAGUGGUUGUGUGCAGUUGCACUCGGAUUUUUUUAUUCUUCUCAGAUAAAAAUGGGUCAGCAUGUCUCAAGAACGGAUUUCGAGUGGUCGUACACCGCUGAGCCCCAUGCAUCAAGGAGAAAGGAGAUUCUGAAAAAACACCCAGAGAUAAAGGAGCUCUUUGGAAAUGAUGCAAAUCUUGUGUGGUGGGUAUUUGCCCUGGUCACUUUCCAAUUAGUAUCCCUCUUCGUGGUGAGAGAGUUGUCCUGGUUCUGGGUCCUCAUCUUGUCCUAUUGCAUUGGAGGAACCAUCAACCAUUCACUUAUGUUGGCAAUUCAUGAAAUAUCCCACAACCUCGCAUUCGGUCACUCACGACCAAUGGCCAACCGCAUUCUGGGGAUUUUUGCAAACCUUCCCAUUAUCCUCCCAUUUUCUGUGUCAUUUAAGGGCUACCAUCUAGAGCAUCACAAGUAUCAAGGUGAUGAAAAACUUGACACUGACAUUCCAACAAAUCUUGAAGCGCAACUGUUCUGCACAACCUUUGGAAAGAUGGUCUGGAUGUUCUUCCAGCCACUGUUCUAUGCCUUAAGACCCAUUGUAACAUACCCUAAAAACCCCACUACACUAGAAAUCAUCAAUACUACAGUUCAGCUGACCUUCAACUUCUGUCUGUUUUACUUCCUUGGUGGCAAGUGUCUGACAUAUUUGGCAGCGGGAUCCCUUUUGGCAAUGGGUAUUCAUCCUGUGGCUGAACUCAUAGAGAAAUUAAUGUUCAAGAAAGGUUUGAACCUCAUUUUUAAAAGGGGGGGGGGCCCAUUGAAUUUGGUAACAUUCAAUGUAGGCUAUCAUAACGAACAUCAUGACUUCCCCUACAUCCCAGGAAGUCGAUUGCCAAUGGUAAGAGUUGCUCCAAAAAUUUUAUGUUUCUUUCCCACAGCAGAAUUUUGGGUGGGGUUUAUUUAUGAUUUAAAAGAUGGGCAUGGUCCUUACCCCCCCCGCAUUAAAAGGAAGCAUGCUGGCUUUGACAAGGAGGAAUAGGCUUUAAUUAAAACACUGUUGUUUUUUUUUCUUUGUAUUUGUUCUUAUUAAAUGUGAUGUCUACUGAA